AUGUACGGUACGAAGGCUGGAAAUUUGGAUUUUGUCGACGGUGUUGACUCGUUUGUGCAGACCGUCAAGAUGUACAAGAACCUACAAGAUGAUGGCUACGUGUAUUGCCCAUGCAUUGAUUGCAAAAAUCAGAAGCAGUUUGGCAACGUUGAGCAGAUCCACUUCCAUCCGCAGUUUAGGGGGUUUAUGCCUAAUUAUCAGAUUUGGAACGAGCACGGUGAGAUUGAUGAGAACAAACCUACUCAAAUCUCAAUGCACUCCGUCCAAGAGAACAGGCAUGAAACAAUGGAGGAAACAACUAUCCCAGAAAUAGUGGAGGUAAUUGGACACGAAAGCGUCAACGAAACCAUGCAGGAAACAUUAGUUGCUGAUGAUGUUGUAGAUGCGCUAGACCAGAUGAUACGUGAUCGGGAACCGGAUUUUCUUGAUGAAAAGAAUUUAAUGAAGUUGGAGCAGAUGAGAAAGGAUGCAAAAACACCACUUUACCCAGGUUGCAGCGUGUCAAAACUUGAAGCGGAUCUGAUGCUAUUGGAGAUGAAGUCCAAGAAAGGUUUAUCGAGCAAAGGAUUUGAUGAUUUGUUAAGUUUGCUGCAGAAGAUGCUUCCAAAUCCUAAUGGGCUACCUGAAAACACAUACCAUGCCAAGAAAAUGAUCCGCCCAUUGGGACUAGAGGUACAAAAAAUUCAUGCAUGCCCCAAUGAUUGCAUCUUGUAUCGCGGCAAAUAUGAAGAUUUGGAUGUCUGUCCAAUGUGCUCAGCUUCACGAUACAAGUGUCCAGACUCGGCAAUGUCAAUGAAAGGUGACCGCAAUAAACGACCUCCUACCAAGGUCAUGUGGUAUUUUCCGAUUAUUCCUCGUUUGAAGCGGUUGUUUGCAAACCCGAAGACUGCCAAGCUGAUGAGGUAG